CCGCUCGCAGCCGGGAUGGCAGAGCCGUGUUUGCGAAGAGUUAAGGAGGCGGAAGAGGCAGGAAGCGGCCCGAGCCUCUCUCCAUAGAAACCCGCGGCCGUGAUUAAAGUCUGAUGCGGGCCCGAUAGCGGGCUGGGUUGGGAGGGGGGUGGGGGGGUUGGGGGGGACAGCGCCCGCUUUAAUUACAGCGGAGGAAAUUGCUGGAGCCGGGGCCCCGAGCCCCUGCGAGUUGCCUGGAAACUCCCCCUCCUCCCCGCCUCCCUCGGCCCCUGCCCGUCCCCUGCCCGUCCCGCUGCCAUUUAUUCGCCAUCAGCUGCUCCCUGAUAAAGUGGAAUAAUAAUAAUAAUAAUAGGGGCAGGAAUAUUAAAACAUGCAGCCCGCGGGCCGCCCCCACAGCUGCCAUGAGACACGGCGCCGGAGCGGUGCCACUGCUGCUCAACAUGUACCUGCCAGAUCCAGUGGGGGAAACUUUAUUCAAAGACGGCAAGAACCAGGCGUGGGGAUCCCUCAACCCGGGUGUGCAGAAAGGCAGUGGGCAGAUCCAGCUGUGGCAAUUCCUGCUGGAGCUGCUCUCGGACCGGGCCAACCUCAACUGCAUCGCCUGGGAGGGCACCAACGGCGAGUUCAAGCUGAUCGACCCCGAUGAGGUGGCGCGGCGCUGGGGCGAGCGGAAGAGCAAGCCCAACAUGAAUUACGACAAGCUGAGCCGGGCGCUGCGCUACUACUAUGACAAGAACAUCAUGACCAAGGUGCACGGCAAGCGCUACGCCUACAAGUUCGACUUCCAUGGGCUGGCGCAGGUCUGUCAACCGGCUGCCCCUGAUCACACCCUCUACAAAUUCCAGGGCAAUCUGGCCCCACUGCCCUUCUCGGGCAUCUCCAAACUCAACCUCAUGACCUCUGGGGUGACGCCGGCUGGUUUCUCCUACUGGCCUGGCUCCAGCCCAUCUCUCUACCCUGGGCACAGCCUCCAGCCCUCGGCCCCAUUCAGCGCCAUGGCAGCCUCCCACCUCAACAACAUGAACAACCACUACCAUUAAGGCUUGGCAGAUCCAUCCCGUUGGUGUGGGGUUGGGGAGUUUGGUGGGGAAGGGUGGGGGGUGGGAUGCUGCCCUGCUCCAGCUGCCCCUGGUGAGGUUUGGAGAGCAGUUAUUCCCUGGCAUGGGUGAUUGGAGGGCAGAAGGCAUCUAUCUACAUUUAGAUUAAGGAGGGAUCUUCCAUGAGGGAAUGCACAGGGAUGCUUAAAGCAGAGGUAAA